AUUGUCCUGAAAUGGGAGAGCAACAGAAGCUCGAGGUGCAGUUCGAAGCUUCGUCCAGAUGGGGCAAUCCCGAGACCAUUAUGCGAUCAAGACUAGUGUAUUAACUUCUAGAGGUUUUACUUACAGUUUAAGUACGUUUUGUCUUUGUUUCUGAUCCGAACAAGUGAAUUAUUUGAAGAUUUUGUCCGCAAACUAUUCAGUCUUGCAAAGACGAGUCUAUAAUAACAAAGGAACCGAAAAUCUUAGUUGGGGUCUUGAAUCUUUUUUUAGUAUCCUACAAACUGGCAAUGGAAGAUUCGGACACCAGAGCAAUUCUUCCCGAAGAUACUCUAUCGUCUGUAGACAACGAAAUACGGAUUAAUGACACAUUUUGUAAUAACGAGGAGGUUGAGAAUAAGGGACAGAUUUGCUAUAAACGGCCGCCGUUCGCUUGCCCGCUUUCGGUUUCUGUUGAACCCGUAUUGUUUUUAUCGAUGUUCUCGCUGUCUCUUCAGUGGCCGCUGUCUACGCAGUACCUAUGGGACCGCAUCAGUGAAGACGUAGGUUACAACGGAACAAAAGGAGGGGGAUGUGCCAACACUUCUGGGCCCCCAGACCCACUUCAAAAGGAGGUAGAGACCCUGACAGCCCACUGGAACCUGUACAUCAACUUGGGAGGAUUUGCAGUGGGGCUGUUUGUGGUGACUCUGCUUGGCUCCUGGAGUGACCAGGGGGGCCGGCGGCCCGUGCUCAUCCUGCCCAGCCUGGGUCUGGCCCUGCAGGCUGGGGUCUACCUGCUGGUCAUGUACCUCAAGCUGCCUGUGGCCUGGUUCCUCCUGGGCAGGCUGCUCUCGGGCCUCUCAGGCGACUUCAACACCAUCCUGGCAGGCUGCUUUGCCUAUGUGGCUGACACCAGCGACAGGGGCUCCCGGACCUUCAGGGUGGCAGUGCUGGAGGCCUGUCUGGGACUGGCUGGCAUGCUGGCCAGUAUCAUAGGGGGGCAGUGGCGUCGGGCACAAGGGUACAUUAACCCAUUCUGGCUGGUGCUGGCCACUAACCUGGCUGCUGCCCUCUAUGCCUACCUGUUUGUACCCGAGUCCAUCACUCCUGACCCCAGUGCCAAACUCUUUACCACCCGUCACCACCGCGCCGUCUACCGCCUCUACUCUGCACUAGGCGACCCCACCGAGGCCGGCAGUUACACAAAAUGGAGGAGGUACAAACUGUGGCUCUACAUCUUCUGCUUCUUCCUGGUGGUGACGGUCCACUUUGGCAGCCGCGAGCUGUUUGUUCUAUAUGAGCUGAGCUCUCCGCUGUGCUGGGGCCCAGGGCUGAUUGGCUGGGGGUCUGCAGCUCAGAACCUGGCCUACCUCAGCAGCCUUCUGGGGUUGAGGACCUUGCAGCGAUGCCUAGAGGACUCCUGGGUGUCUCUGGUGGGACUGGCCUCAAACAUGACCGGCCUGGUGGUCAUCUCACUGGCCAACACUACUGAACUCAUGUUCACAGGCUAUGGGCUGUGCUUCCUCUACAUGGCAGCCACUCCAGUCCUCAGGGCCAAGCUGUCCAAGCUGGUGGGGCCUGAAGAACAAGGUGCGUUGUUUGCGUCGGUGGCCUGUGUGGAGGGGCUGUGUUCCCUGGUGGCCAGCAGCCUCUUUAACUCUCUCUACCCAGCCACCCUGCACAUCAUGAAGGGAUUCCCCUUCCUGUUCGGAGCCCUCCUCCUCCUCAUCCCCACAGGGAUCAUUGGGAUAGUUGAGUGUCGGGAUCAGAGGACAGACAGAAGAGAGGACUCUGCAACAUCCUGACACUGACUGACUGACAGACAGACAGACAGACAGACAGACAGACAGACAGACAGACAGACAGACAGACAGACAGACAGACAGACAGACAGACAGACAGACAGACAGACAGACAGGUAGUAGAUAAACUUCCUCACAUCACAGCCUCUGCUGCCCUACAUACACCUUUUUACCAGUGUGCUGGAGAGGUAGCUGACUGUCAUUAGACCACACAGAGUUUGGAUUCCGUGGCUUCAACACCAAAAGACCAAGACCAAAAAGCUGGAAUUUAAUUGGACCUUUAUUUAACCAGGCAAGUCAGUUAAGAACAAAUUCUUAUUUUCAAUGACGGCCUAGGAACAGUGGGUUAACUGCCUGUUCAGGGGCAGGAAGACAGAUUAGUACCUUGUCAGCUCGGGGGUUUGAACUUGCAACCUUCCGGUUCCUAGUCCAACUCUCUAACCCCUAGGCUACCCUGCCGCCCCAGCCAAUCCACCAUAUCAGACAUCACUGUGCACUACGUCAUCUGAGACUAGAAGAGAAAGAGGUCUGAGUUCUCUGUUGUAUUUUAAACUGAAAACCUAAUGUGAGCUGACAUACAAUUGUGGUGAAAUAAUACCCACAGUACUAUAUCAAACUAUCCAAGGGCAGGCAGAAAAUACAUGACUCAGAAAAUAUGAAAUUCAAUAACAGUGCAUCUCAAUGUCACCAUAGCAUGUGAGCAGCAGAUAGAUCGAAUUUAGCCCAACUUGUCCAGACUCAACCAUUAGUAUCUCUGAACAAACCGAGACCCAUCCGCUUCUAACAGCAGUCAGGGAGUACUGAGUUACACUGCUUACAGUUUACUGUCAUCCCUCCAUUCAACAGAUAACCCAGUCUAACCCCUUAAGUGCCCUAACACAGCAACCCUGUCACCCCUCCAUACUAUACAAUAGAUAGGCAAGUAAGUGUGUGUGUGUGUGUGCCAGUGUGCCAAUAGAUGGCCUAGUCUAAACUCCCUGCUCCCUAAAGUGUUCUCACAUAGCAACACAUGAUAACCCCCCAGCACAAGGCCACAGCUAGCUCACACACACCACACACACUGUCCUGUGUUCAACCCUGAGUAGCACAGGGGGCAACCAGAUAUCUUAUAACACAUUUAAAAGGAUGCAACAGAAACUGAGGGGUUGCGGUCAGGGGGAGAGUUGAAGCAUUACUAUCACUCAGUAUUUGGGUGAUAUAUUUUGAUUUGCUGUUAAGUAAGGUCUGUGAUAUGCCUACUGGCUUUCCGUCUUCUGAAAUCAUGUAACCAAUGUGUUCAAUGCACUGACUGGAAGUUGCUAUGGAUAAGAGUUUCUGCUCAGAAUUGUGAAUUGAUUUUAAUGUCUGCACCGUACAGUAUUACUGAUUUUUAAAUGCUGUGAAUGAUAUUUAUCAUCUUUAGAAAAUGGUACGAAUGAAUGAUUGAAUCAUGCCAAUGAUAUAUUUGACACUUAAAGUUAAGUGGCUUCCUAUGAAAUAUUAUUGCCUCAUAAAACAUUUAUAGCAUCUUGUAGAUGCUGAUGUGGAAAGCCAAUUAUAUAUUUGAUAACAUUUAACUGGCUUCUUAUGAAAUGUUAUUGCCUUAUAAAACAUUUAUAGCACCUUGUAGAUGCAGAAGUGGAACAUAUGAAACUCUACUACAAUAAAGCAAGCCACAAAAGGUCAUGGUAUAUGAUGAGUGUUUCACAACUAGGGGCCUUCUGCCUCAUGCCUUACUGAUUAGUAUACCAUUUCAUAAUACCAUUGAAUCCAUUAGCUGCUAUGAAUAUGUUAAUAAUAAUAAGGCAAUAUAACGCUUCAUAUGAAUCCAUUUCAAGUACAGUGUUGCACUGUAUUUUAAUGCACAGAAAGAUUCACAGAUUUACUGUAUCCUUUUUAUUGUGGCACUAUAUUGUAAAAUGACAACAAUGUCUAAAUCAUGAAGUCCAACA